GGUUUCUGAACAGUCAAUCCGCGCCUCAGGAUUUAUAUCCCUCGCAUAGUGCAUUUUGCUCAUAACUUAUCUGCGCCCGCCGCCGCUGCCUCGCUCUUUCUGCGUUUCCUCUCUUUCUGUUAUUGGAGAGAAAUCUCCAAAAAAUUUUGAGUAGCUGUUAAAUUUAGAGACUAGUGAAAAUGGUGAAGUUUACAGCAGAAGAGCUCCGCAGGAUUAUGGACUUUAAGCAUAACAUUCGUAACAUGUCUGUUAUUGCUCAUGUCGAUCACGGAAAGUCGACACUGACAGACUCCCUUGUUGCUGCUGCGGGUAUUAUUGCCCAAGAAGUUGCUGGUGAUGUUAGGAUGACUGAUACUCGUGCCGACGAAGCCGAACGUGGCAUCACCAUCAAGUCCACUGGUAUCUCGCUGUAUUAUGAGAUGGACGAUGAGUCUUUGAAGAGCUAUAAGGGGGAGAGACAAGGAAAUGAGUAUCUCAUCAACCUUAUUGAUUCACCCGGGCACGUUGAUUUCUCGUCUGAGGUGACAGCUGCUCUUCGUAUCACUGAUGGUGCGCUUGUUGUGGUGGAUUGUGUCGAGGGUGUUUGUGUCCAGACCGAGACUGUUCUUCGACAAGCUCUUGGUGAAAGGAUUAGGCCUGUCUUGACUGUCAACAAGAUGGACAGGUGUUUCCUUGAGCUCCAGGUCGAUGGUGAGGAGGCAUACCAGACAUUCCAGCGUGUCAUUGAGAAUGCUAAUGUCAUCAUGGCCACGUAUGAGGAUCCUCUGCUCGGCGACGUUCAGGUUUACCCUGAAAAAGGAACUGUUGCCUUUUCUGCCGGUUUGCACGGAUGGGCGUUCACUCUCACUAACUUUGCCAAGAUGUACGCAUCCAAGUUUGGUGUUGAUGAGAGUAAGAUGAUGGAAAGGCUUUGGGGCGAAAACUUCUUUGAUCCUGCAACUAAGAAAUGGACAAGCAAGAACACCGGAUCUUCUACUUGCAAGCGCGGUUUCGUUCAGUUCUGCUAUGAGCCGAUCAAGCAGAUCAUCAACACGUGCAUGAAUGAUCAGAAGGAUAAGCUGUGGCCGAUGUUGCAAAAGCUUGGUGUGACAAUGAAGUCCGAGGAGAAGGAUUUGAUGGGGAAAGCAUUAAUGAAACGUGUUAUGCAAACUUGGCUUCCCGCUAGCAACGCUCUACUGGAAAUGAUGAUCUUCCAUCUCCCGUCGCCUGCCACUGCUCAAAAAUAUCGUGUCGAGAAUCUGUAUGAAGGCCCACUUGACGAUGCCUAUGCCAACGCCAUCAGGAACUGUGAUCCUGAUGGCCCUCUCAUGCUUUAUGUAUCGAAGAUGAUUCCUGCUUCCGAUAAGGGACGGUUCUUUGCCUUUGGGCGUGUGUUCUCCGGAAGGGUCUCGACUGGUUUGAAGGUCCGGAUCAUGGGCCCUAAUUUCGUACCCGGAGAGAAAAAAGAUUUGUACGUCAAGAGUGUCCAGAGAACUGUCAUCUGGAUGGGCAAGAGGCAGGAAACUGUCGAAGAUGUCCCCUGUGGUAACACUGUCGCCAUGGUUGGUCUCGAUCAGUUCAUCACCAAGAACGCCACGCUCACGAACGAAAAGGAAGUCGACGCCCACCCAAUCCGAGCAAUGAAGUUCUCCGUCUCACCUGUCGUCCGUGUCGCUGUACAGUGCAAGGUUGCCUCCGACCUUCCCAAGCUCGUUGAAGGGCUGAAGCGGUUGGCCAAAUCUGACCCUAUGGUUGUCUGCACAAUCGAAGAAUCCGGGGAGCACAUUGUUGCCGGUGCCGGAGAGCUCCAUCUUGAGAUCUGCUUGAAGGACUUGCAGGACGACUUCAUGGGUGGGGCUGAGAUCAUAAAAUCCGAUCCCGUCGUGUCCUUCCGUGAGACUGUUCUUGAGCGUUCUUCCCGAACUGUGAUGAGCAAAUCGCCGAACAAGCACAACCGUCUCUACAUGGAAGCUAGGCCGAUGGAAGAGGGACUCGCCGAGGCCAUCGACGACGGCCGCAUUGGCCCAAGGGACGACCCCAAGGUCCGAUCCAAGAUCCUGUCGGAGGAAUUCGGUUGGGACAAGGAGCUCGCCAAAAAAAUCUGGUGCUUCGGACCCGAAACCACCGGUCCCAACAUGGUCGUCGACAUGUGCAAAGGAGUCCAGUACCUCAAUGAAAUCAAAGACUCCGUUGUCGCCGGUUUCCAGUGGGCCUCAAAGGAGGGUCCUUUAGCCGAGGAAAACAUGCGUGGCAUAUGCUUCGAGGUCUGCGACGUCGUCCUCCAUGCCGACGCAAUCCAUAGAGGCGGCGGCCAAGUCAUCCCCACUGCCCGCCGCGUCGUCUAUGCCUCCCAGCUCACUGCCAAGCCCCGUCUCCUCGAGCCUGUCUACCUCGUCGAGAUCCAAGCUCCCGAGCAGGCCCUCGGCGGUAUCUACAGCGUGCUGAAUCAGAAACGUGGGCAUGUGUUCGAAGAAAUGCAGCGUCCUGGAACCCCGCUUUACAACAUCAAGGCUUAUCUCCCGGUUAUUGAAUCCUUCGGAUUCUCUGCGACUCUGAGGGCUGCAACUUCCGGGCAGGCAUUCCCGCAAUGCGUGUUCGACCAUUGGGAUAUGAUGUCCUCAGAUCCUCUGGAGGCCGGGUCGCAGGCGUCGACGCUGGUGGCGGAGAUCAGGAAGAGGAAGGGUUUGAAGGAGCAGAUGACUCCGUUGGCUGAGUACGAAGACAAGCUUUGAGGCGACGAAUUUGGUAACAAUAAGGGAUUGGAAUUUCUGCCGAUUUUGGUGGGGAUUUUCGUCCUCUAUUUUUCCUCCCCCUCCUAUGUUUUCAUUAUCGUUGUUUUAUGUUGGUUGUUUUUAUGUUACAGACUUUGAUGUGCUUUUUCUUUUUCGUUGGAUGGUUUUAUGAGUUUUGGUUCUCCUGAAGUGUUGAAAAGACAGGAAUGUUUUUUUUCGUUUAUGUUUGAAUGGGUUUUUAGAUAAUUUUGAACUGGUU